AUGCAGUCUGUCAAAGUGGAUGAUGGUACCUUCACGUCGAACACUACUGGGAAGAUUGGUCUCGAAGAGAGAGGCGGAAGGCACGAACGGAGGAUCAUCUGGCCACCUGUAGCACAUGAGGGUGUCGACUUUUCUGCCCAGGCGUACGCCCAGGCGAUAGUGGAAAGACAUCGGAAAAAUAUGAGAACGAAAGUCGUCUUCACCCAGGUCGCUCAUUUCAACGCUGCUGGCGACCUCCUUGUCUGGGUCUGUGGAGAUGGACAGACCGAUAAGGGUGCUACCAUGGGUGGGGAGAACAAGCCUGAUAGAUUCGCCAUUGUAGAAGAGUUGAGUGAAGGGUGGUGUCCCAAUGUAUGGGGAUGA